AUGGCGCUGGAUGCAGAGCAGCUCCAUGUCUCUCCGCUCGGCAGGGACAUCAUGGCUGUUUCCUGGGCAAGUCCCAGUUCACAGAUCGCUCACGUCCAGAUCCAGCGUCUUGGGCUGGAGAUGGAGCCACUGUCUGGCUCGGAGAGAAACUACAGGCCCGAGACAGUGCGCUACGACAUCUUGUGUGGCCAACGCUUCUCAGCGGUUUGCCGGCUGACCGCCAGGUACACCAGCCCCUUGCUUCUCCAUGCUCAUGUGCCAGUGGAGCCUGCGGUGCGCUACCGCUUUCGACUGGCAUCCAACGAGACGGAUGCGACGACACCCUGGCGGAACCUGAAGGGUCUUCCGAAACUGGGAGACGAGCUCAAAGUUGCUGUCAUAGAUUGCCGUUCGCAAUCGCAAUCGGAUGGAAUCCCGGCCCGGGCGCUCGCCCCCGAAGAUCGACCUCCUGCUCAGCCGGUGGACUACGAUCAGAACGAUGAGGAGGGCACCCGUGGGCACAUGAUCGAUGCUGCCAGGGACGAUGCUCGGCAAGAUCGUUCCUUUGCCCGCUCGACGGCAAAGCUCACACCAGCGCAGUUCGCCGAGCUGGCUGACUCGUACCACAACCCUGCUGGUCACGCUACCUCUUCGGCGGCAGCUCAGUUUUCCACGGUCGUGGUUGAAGAGGCCGAGCCGGAGAACUUGCUGGCUCCAGCAGGUUGGUCGGGGCACUGCAACGACGAUGCUCAUGAUGCCUUCCUCGAGUUUCUUCUUUCGCUAGUUUUGGCUCGGCAGGAUGUUGCGGGAAGCAGCGCCAGCCGAUCGCUGGCGAUCGUGGCGACCCGGCUGGCUGAGAUCCCUUUUGUCCUUUCAAUGGACGCCGGGACGCCUGAGCAGUUCGCCGCGGUGUCUCUCGACUGGACGGCCAGCUCGGCCAAGACGGAGCACGACCUCCUGGCUCCGAGGACCCAAAUGCUCGAACAGUACUGGGUCUUCGUGAAGGCCGCGGAAUCGCUCUUUGUUGAGUCUCUCGGCUACCAGAUGGGCUUUGCUUGCUGCUCGAAGGUGCCCCGAGAACGUUCUGCAAAGUCGAUCGCACACUUUCAACGGGAGAUGGCCAUCCGAGCUCUAGCUGCACCAGUUCUGGCUCCUUCGGCCAAAUCGAGGCUGCCGGCAAGCUCUUCUUCUCCCUCGGCGACUCCAUUGCUCGACUUGGAGAACGCCGAGAAACAGAAAUGGGCUAAGCGCUUGAAGGCGAUCGCUGAUCGGGCCGGCGAAUACGCUCGGCCCGAAGGGGGCCACGAUGCUGAAGGGAUCCUCUCGGAAGAGGAACGCGCUCGCCUUCGGCUGUUGGUUUUCACCUCGGGUGCGCCUUCUACAAUGGCAAACCACAUUCGUAGGUUCGAGAAGUUCGAAUUGUGGGCUCGGCACGUGCCGCUCCCCCUCUACCCCAUCUCGGACGACAAGAUCCUGAAGUAUGCCAUGGAGCUCGACUCAAGGGAGUGCGGCCCGACUGUUCUUCCUUCGCUCCGCAUGGCUCUUAAAUGGGUGGCUUUUCGGAUUAACCUCAAGCUCCCUUCGAUCGAGACAGCGGAGCUAAAGGCGCUCGAGAAGGAGAUCUUCACACAGCGAGGGCGGCCGCUGAAGGAAGCGAUCGCUUUCCCGCUCGAGCUGGUCCAGGCUAUGGAGCGCUUUGUCGCUAACGACUUGUUCGAGUCGCAGUUCCCGCUCGUGGAACGCGACUUCUGGAUCCCCGAGCUCGACACCAAGGAGCGCUGGUCUUCUCUUCCAGCGAAAAUGAUCAAAGAGUUGGUGCAGGAGGUCUCGCGCGAGUUCGUGCCCCUCUGUGCUCAAGAGGAUGACACAAUCGAGGACGCAGAGGACAGGGAUCUUUCACUGACUGAGUUCUUUGUCAAAGUCCCGUUUCGCCAGGUCGAGCACGAGUUCGCUACUCCUCCGAAGCGGCCUCGCUCGAGGUCCCCUCCGCCGACACCUCCGAAGAACGAGGCCAAGACUCGCAAGAACCGAGCUCGUCGGCAGAAGGAAAAGGAGUUGCUCAAGCAAGCUCGCGCAGAGCGCGAUCGCGCUCGUGACCACUCUAAGCCGAACAAGCCUUCAUUUGGUCGUCUCCCUCCGGCACCGGUGCUCGACAGACCACCGGGGGAGUUCUCCCCCCCCACACUGCAGCAGCCGCCGGCUCUGGCUGCUAAUGAGGUUUCUUCUCAGAGACUGACAGCUGCCCCUGCAGGUCGGCCGCCACCGUGGCUUCGUUGGGCUGAGGUGCCCCGGGAUCCCGACACAAUUCGUGAACUCGGUCCCUGGUGCCUCGAGAUCUUUGCCGGAUCUGCUGGCCUCACUGAUGCCUGGAAACGUCACGGUCUUAAGACUUUGCCGCCGAUCGACACGUGCACCUCCGAGUUCCUUCUGGAGUCGAUCGACUUGCUGGACGCACAGGUCUUUGAUUGGCUGCUCUUGCUGUGCCGCAUGGGGGCGAUCGUCUUUCUGCACUUGGGCAUUCCCUGCGCCACGUUUAGCGUGGCUAGGGAUCGACCUGGAGGACCUCCCCCCCUGCGAUCGCAGGCGCUCCCCCUUGGCCUCUACGUUCUCAAGAAGCACCAUCAAGCACAGCUCUUCGAGGCCAACGAGCUCUUGUUCCGAUCCCUUCUUCUUUUCGACGCGGUGGUUCAAGCUGGCGGAGAUGCCUCGAUCGAGAACCCGAAGGACAGUCUGAUCUGGCAAGUCCCUCAGGUCCAGCAGCUCAAGGUUCGUCUUCACCUCUACAACGUCGAUCUUGAUCAGUGCGAGUAUGGAUCACCUCAUCGCAAGCCUACUCGGCUUCUUGUCAGUCACGCUGCUCUUCUCGCGCUUGCACGUCCUUGUUCAGGUGGACAUGUUCAUGAGCCUCUUCGUGGCGUGACAAGGUCGGAGACUGGCAAGAAGAUCUUCAAGACUAAAGCAGCUCAGGUCUACCCCUCGGCGCUUUGCACCGCGUGGGCGAUCGCCGUGGCCGCGAUCGUGCAGAAGUCGGCCCAGCAGUUCGCCGCUUCGUUUGCUCUCACGGCUCCGUCGGCAGAGCGCAAGCGAUCUUUGGGAUCCCAGAUUGCUUGGAAAGGCCAUCGCCAAGUCGCUGCCGCUCGGCUGGCGGCGGCUAGCGGCUAUCAGCUCAAACGAGGUGCCGCCAAGCCGCUGCUCGACGUCGAGUGCGAGCCUGGUCAGGCAAUCCAGUGGUCUCUUCAGGUUCGGCACCCAUUCACCGUGCAGCCGGCGCUCCCCGACAAGAUCGUCGACAACAUCAAGUUCAUUGUCUCCUCUCCGCAGGCGCUCGUGGCUCGCCGUUCUGAGCGCCUUCAGUUCUGGCAACAGCGUGCGCUCACGCUGCUUCCGGAGACAGAUCGGAUUUUGCGGUCCAUCGCCGACGCUCCUCUUCGUCGGCUUCUUCGCGGUGCUCCAGACUAUGCUGAUCUGCAGCUGGGCUCUUGCACUCACGUGGCGCUCUACGACGAGCUCUUCGCAGCGAUCGGCUGCACGGAUCAUCAAAUUCUCCAAGGCAUUCGCGGUGGCUUCCCGAUCGUUGGCGAAAUCCAGCGCUCGGGGCGCUGGCCGCCGUUCACAAAGCUACAGCGGUCAGGUGGACGACAGUUUGUUGCUCGUAUUUCGAACGAAGGGAAUUUGUUCGAGAUGCUCUCGCGUCUGGUGUCCCGGGAAGGGUUCGCCGGUUGCGGGUUCGAGCGACUGCGACGACGACGACUCCGUUCGUGGGUUGUCGUUGUCCUGGGGUGGGGGCCGGUCGUUUCUGAUGCUCUUCGUUAG